AUGAACGUCGUGCGGCCGAGGAUGAGGAUGAAGAUGGCGGGGAGGGCGACGGCCAGGCCGCAGAGCAUCGCCAUCGUGUCAGACAGGCGUCUGCACCGCGGCUGCCGAACUUGCCGAAGCAGAUGGAAGGAUGGACAAAGAUCGAAGCGCAAGGCUGUUCUCAGUGAGGAAGACACGUCAUCCCGAGGUUCUCUCAAGGAUGGCUCACAGACGGAACGUGCCCGCACGAGCCACGUAGAAGCCUCAAGAUCGAAGUUCAUGCUGGCCAAACUCGCUCCAAAUGCCGUAAACAAUCGCAGGCCGUCGACUGAGUCAGUGACGGCGAAGCCACCUGCCUGCUCCUCUCAGGGCGAGCAAGCGUGGGAAGCCAAGGAUGCAAAGCUGCCGGACUCAGCAAGAUCAACAGAAAGAUUCGAAGACAAGGAGCAGAGAUCACAUCAGGAGCGCAGGAGUUCAUAUCGGAGCUCUACCAUGAACGCCGUGCAAGUUGACUGUCUGAAGACGUCGACAACUUUGUCGCGGUCGGCUGACAGGGAUGGAGGCAAGGCUGAGAGCAGGAGACCUUCAGUUGAGGGUCUUCAGCUCAGCAACGCGACAGACUUUGAAAGGAGAAACUCAAUCGAAGUCACGAUAGGGACAGGGGCCGUGGAAACGAACUACGAGGCUAGCGUGCGCGAAGCAAGCAACGGAGAGCUGUCGUGUACCGAUCAUGAGCAGCAGAAACGAUGGCAAGAGGGAGAAGAUGGGCAGCAAGUGUCCGUGAGCUUCGUCCUUCCACAGAAAGAUCCCCAGAUAGAUCAAGGAGAGCAUCGCAGGCACAAAGUCGCCGCCACCGACAAUACGAAAGAGUUUCCUUCUGAGCAGGACCUCAACAAGCGCUCUUCCUCGCCCAAGGCAGCAACGAGAAUCUGUCCUGAGAGGUCAAAGCAAGAACGCCCAUUUGACAUGCGAUCCAUCAACGAAAAUUUCUUCCAUGCGCCGAUCAAACUAGGACCAGAGCCAAUCAGCUCGUUACAGAUUUCUUCCUUCAUCAAACCACCCAAACAGGAGCCGAGCAGCCUGGAGCUCACGUGA